CAGGAGGAGCGGAACUCUGCGGCUUCGUCUCCCCAGAGUUAGACAGAGAGGGGGGGAGAGAGAGAAAAGGGUCCACACUGACGCCGCGGGGAUUUUAGUUUUUCCUUCUCCUGUUAUCGAAACUGUCUCCACGUUUUGUCUGAAUUUAAACUGUUCACGUUUUCUGUGAGGAGGGAAAGUUGCGGGGAAUGAGCAGCGGAGGAGAUUCAUCGUGACUUGAGUCGGAGGAGAGAGAGAGAGAGAGAGAGAGAGAGAGCGGCUCCCGGUGCCAACAGGGCAGAUAGUCUGCAGAGAGGAUCAUCAUCAUCACUGGGAGCUGGAGAGGAAGCUUCACUUCCUCUGCAUGUAGCCUUGGAGAACAGCAACAAACAAGAUGGACCUGAAGCUGCUCUUGAUAUCGACACUCUUAGGAGUCCUUUGUUACAGUAAUGCUCAGAAAGAGGGGAACGAGUGCAUCAAUGCCAACGCCAAAUACUGCGGGGAGUGCAUCCAGGCCGGGGCCAAAUGCGGCUGGUGUACAGACCCGGACUUCCUGCAACAGGGAGAGACGGUGUCGACCCGCUGUGACGAGCUGCAGUCUCUGAUCAAAAGAGGCUGCGAUGAAGCAAUGAUAGAAAACCCACACGGGGAACAGAAGGUUCUGAAGAACAAAGCGGUGACCAAUCGCAGAAAGGGAGCGGAGAAACUAAAGCCGGAGGACAUCACUCAGAUUCAGCCCCAGAAACUCAGCCUCACUCUCCGAUCUGGCGAGCCCCAGUCCUUCGACCUGAAGUUCAAGCGAGCAGAGGAUUAUCCCAUCGACCUGUACUACUUGAUGGACCUGUCGUACUCCAUGAAGGACGAUCUGGAGAACGUGAAGAACCUGGGAACCAGUCUGAUGCUGGAGAUGUCAAAGAUCACCUCGGACUUCAGGAUAGGUUUUGGCUCCUUUGUGGAAAAGACCGUCAUGCCAUACAUCAGCACUACCCCGGCCAAGCUGCUGAACCCAUGCACGGGCGACCAGAACUGCACCAGCCCGUUCAGCUACAAGAACGUCCUGAAGCUGACCAGUGAUGGGAAGAAGUUUAACACCCUGGUGGGCCAGCAGCAGAUCUCUGGAAACCUGGACUCUCCUGAGGGCGGCUUUGAUGCCAUCAUGCAAGUGGCUGUGUGUGGGGGGCAAAUCGGUUGGAGAAAUGUGACUCGUCUGCUCGUGUUCUCCACUGAUGCUGGCUUCCACUUCGCCGGCGACGGCAAACUGGGAGGCAUCGUUCUGCCCAAUGAUGGAAAAUGUCACCUGGAGAACAAUGUGUACACCAUGAGCCACUACUAUGACUAUCCCUCCAUCGCUCACCUGGUCCAGAAGCUGAGCGACAACAACAUCCAGACCAUCUUUGCAGUCACCGAGGAAUUCCAGCCUGUUUACCAAGAGCUGAAAAACCUGAUCCCAAAGUCUGCAGUGGGCACGCUGUCUGCCAACUCCAGCAACGUCAUCAACCUCAUUAUCGACGCUUACAAUUCCCUCUCCUCCGAGGUUAUUCUGGAGAACAGCAAGCUUCCAGAGGGAGUGACCAUCGCUUACACGUCCCGCUGUAAGAAUGGGGUGGUUAGUGAGGGGGAAAAUGGACGCAAGUGCUCCAACAUCUCCAUCGGGGAUGAGGUCAUGUUCACCAUCAGUGUGACAUCUAAGGGUUGUCCCAAAGAAGGCAAGUCUGAGGUCAUUAAAAUCAAGCCCCUGGGAUUCACAGAGGAGGUGGAGAUAACCCUCAACUUUAUCUGCGAGUGUGAAUGCCACAAAGACGGAAUCAAGAACAGUCAACGGUGCCACUUCGGUAACGGCACCUACGAGUGUGGAGCCUGCAAGUGUAAUGAAGGACGUGUAGGAAGACAGUGUGAAUGCAGCAGCAACGAUGUAGCCACAGAGGACAUGGACCGGACCUGCCGUAAAGACAACGGCACCGACAUCUGCAGCAACAACGGAGAAUGUGUGUGCGGCACGUGCGAGUGCAAGAAGAGAGACAACCCUGAGGAGAGGUACAGCGGCCAGUACUGCGAGUGUGACAACUUCAACUGUGACCGCUCGGGAAACAAACUGUGUGGAGGGCAUGGACGCUGUGAGUGCAGAGUCUGUGUCUGUGACCCCAUGUGGACCGGAAGCGCCUGCGAUUGUUCUCUUGACAAUAGCACGUGUAUGGCCAGCAACAAGCAGAUCUGUAACGGCAGAGGAACGUGUGAAUGUGGCAUCUGCAAGUGCACUAACCCCAAAUUCCAGGGUCCCACCUGUGAGACUUGCCCUACCUGUCCAGGAGUCUGUACGCAGCAUAAGGAGUGUGUCCAGUGCCGGGCAUUUAACACCGGGGAGAAGAAGGAGUCGUGCGCGACAGACUGCACUGACUUCGAGCUGAUUAAAGUGAAGGACAGGGACAAGCUCCCCCAGCCCGGAGACUCCUCUUACCCCGUCAUGCACUGCAAGGAGAGGGACGCCAACGACUGCUGGUUCUACUACACAUACGCCGUCAACAACAACAAAACAGAGGUCCAUGUGGUCAGCACGCUGGACUGCCCGGCCGGUCCUGACAUCAUCCCCAUAGUGGCGGGCGUGGUCGCCGGCAUCGUCCUGAUUGGCUUAGCCCUGCUGCUCAUCUGGAAGCUGCUGAUGAUCAUCCACGACAGGAGAGAGUUCGCCAAGUUUGAGAAGGAGAAGAUGAACGCCAAAUGGGACACGGGUGAAAAUCCAAUCUACAAAAGUGCUGUCACGACUGUGGUCAAUCCUAAAUAUGAAGGGAAAUGAUCGGCUUGUAUUUUCUCAUGAACUCUGCUCACUGCAGUAUUCACUGUGGAUUUGAGGGGAUCCAAACGAGAAGAUUAAUGUCCCUUUGUCUCUGUCGCUUUACUGUAAUAAUGUACCCUACAGCCACUGCAUCUGUCUCUUUACUAACACUCUUCAUUUAUAUGCAUUCAUUGUAUUUUUAGAUGUACAGUCUACACUCUGUGUAUAUACUUUUUAAGUUGCAUAUUUGCAGAAAUAAUGAAAUGAUGGUGCUUUUUUUUCCUGCCACAGGACUUUUAACAGGCAGAAGAUUCGCUUUUUUUUAAAUAACACCAUGUGGACACUUUGGAUUUCCAAUAUAUGUACAAGAAUUCCUCUGCCUCGCUUCUCUCUCUCUGUGUGCACUGAUAUCUUUUGUUGUGUGUUGCAGACAGGACCUGAGUUUAAUCUGUAAAUCGUCAGUCACAGCAGCACAUUCUGUCAAUGUGUGUAUAUAUAGAAAACAACUGCAAUAGGACGAUUUGAUUAAUAUCUAGCGGUGAACAUACUGUAGAUUGGACAGUUGUGUUGGAUCUCUAAUGCAGUGGUUGUAAAUGUAGUUUUUGAACUGCAGCUGAGAAACACCUGAAGUUUGAGGUUUGUACUCGUGUUGAGUGUUUUUCUAGAGGACUGAAAACCUGAGAUGAUUAUGAACCGUCUUUCAUUGAAGUGCUGAUACUAAGGGACUGUAUACCACUUAUUAAACUGCUCAGAUUGUAGCCAUGUUGAACAAUCAAAUGAUUUGUUUUAUUAUCAUGCAAAUAAUAAAGGUAGCAUUGUUUUAUGUGCUAACUGCAGAAACUUUAUUACUCAGGUCCUUUCCUGUGUUUGUCAAGUACGCCAAAAAAAGGAAAACAUGCUUUCUGUUGUUCAGUGGACUGGUGAACUUAUCUGCCCGGGUCAGUUGAGUUUGUUGCUUUUCUUCUCAAUUUUAAACUGAAACAAGACAUUUAGUUUCGACAUCAUAUGAAUCACCUCUGAAACGCUUUCACAGCCAAAUGCCUCUAAAGUUCACACACAAGCCUUUACAGUGAUGUUUUUCAAAGUGCCUUUUAUUUCAAUACCAUGUUCUCUCCCAAUGCUGUUUAUGAGUUAUUUAUUAAAUAAACUGUUAAAAGGA